GAGAGCUCUUCGCCGCGGCUUUGGGAAUACUACCGGAAGCGGAAAUGAGGUGAACCUCGCCAUACCAGGCUGCCGGUAGUGUUACAACCACUGGACCAUUUCCGGCUCCUUCUGGCUUUGGGCAUUUUUCUUCUAUUGCGACCCUCGCUCCUUCCUUUGCAACUUUUUGCUCCUUAAUCUCGUCUGCUCGUUCUAUUUUCUCGCUGAUGUUACCAUGCACCGGUUCAUCUCUCCCAAACCGGUGAGACUAUCAUUCUAUUUCUACCUACAAAUGAUAUAAUCCAUUUUCCAAACGUCGCUCGUUAAGACCUACAUUCAUUUAUCUGUACCACCCGCAUUGCUUUCGAUAUAUACACCCCCAGUCCUCCUUUACCCUCCCGAAUUUUUCUUCUAUAACACAAUUACACCAUUGGUGCGAUUUUACUAUGCGUUCGGAGGGUUCAGCAAUUUUAACGAAGACUGGAGAGUCUUCGUCUGAGCGAAAGGUUGAAAUUGUGCGAGUGCGCUCAUCGCGCUCAUCAACCACGUCAAGAUGCGGACAGCAACGCCGCUACUAUCGCUCUUUAGAUCUGGGCCCAGAGCCUGAUCCGGAGCCAUACAUGUCGACCUCGAAUAUAACAGAUACGCGGCAGUCGUUAGAAAUGACCCGACUCGAGGCGCUGCAUACCCUCGAUACAUGCCGCCAUGUAAUUGCGUCCCUCGAGCUGACAAGACUACGCAAAUCUCGCAGCGGAUUAUGUCAUUGGAUGGGAUUUUGGGAGCGACUAUACGAGCGAUCAUUCGCAAAUGUCUUGUCGUCCCGAGUCAUGGCGGCAUUAUACAAAGUUGACGCAUUGUUUCGUGCUGUGUCCUUUGACCUUCACCAGCUGGCGCAGAAGACAGAACUUGCCAUCGUCAGCGCUUCGUCUGAGAAGGAGAUUCUCCAUAUUCUCGAGAGAAUGGAAGACGAAGUCGGUAUACGGCGGAGACGAAGGCGCAGAAAAGCUCAACAUAUCCUCCAAAAAAUGCGCGCCAAUAUCGAGGCAAUUCCAGUCAAAGUUGGCGAUGAACUCUUCGACGACAUGAAACGGGGUGUGUUUGCUUUGGACGUCUUCGGAGACUACCACCCAGGAGAUGAGAGAGCAGAACAAACCGAAAGAAUGUGGCCUCAACAUUUCAUGAGGCAACCUGUUGGACUGGUUGCAGUUUCUCCGUAUCUCUACCACCAAUGGCGCGAAUCCGCGGUUUCGGAUACCACUUCCACGCCUUUGACGACGUAUAGUUCCAAUGCUCGCCGGACGGACUCUGCGGGAUGGGUGGGUAGUGGGCGGACACCCUCUGUGUGAUGAAAUGCGUCAAGUAUUGCAAGUAUUGCAAAUACAGCAUCAAGCGGGCGUUGGAUUUUGCAUCUUUGGUGCAAUAGAUAGAUUUGUUUGUCCGAGUCGUUAAAACGCUAAAUAUAGAUUAGAUAGAAUAUAAUACGAAUCAAUCGUUUCCUGAC